AUGCGGCAUGAUCUGGAACAGAGCUUGUCACGACUGCCGACGUAUGAGGACGAAGACGAGGACGAGGACGACAAGAGGGCGCUGGGCAAGGGCAAGACGACGGUCUACGAAGUGGCCGACGACCUCGACGAGGAGGACCCAGAAUUGGACGAGUUCACGAUUCUCGAGCCCCCGGAAAGGCUGAAGCGGCUGGUGGCCUACAUGAGGGACGAGUUCAACUACUGCUUCUGGUGCAAAUUUAGAUACCCCGAUGAGACCAUGGACGGUUGUCCUGGGCUGACGGAAGAAGACCACGAUUAG